CAACAAUCCAUGCACAUUGUUCUGUUUGAAGGUGCUCUUUCUCAUCUGAGCUGUUUUUUAUUCCUCUUACAAAAGAUAUCUUGACUCCAUGUUCGUGCUUCAAAGGCUUGAAGUUUACUCGGUAGCUCUUUGUUUCUCCUUUCUCAUCGCUGUGUUGUCUAUGAAUGGCCGACGGUGUUGUCUCUCACUUUUGUUGUGGAAUGACUGCCUUGGUGAAAUAAGGGUGUCCCCUGGCUGCUAUGGAGACAGUCAAGUAUCCCAGAGUGCCUUCUCUGACGCGCAUCUCCAGUGGGCCCGCGAGUAUGAAAGUGGCAGUGACUCGGACACAGACCGACCGGACCCCGAUCUCGUUCUGGAUGACCUGGCCAGUAGGCGCUUCCACAGCCCCUCCCCUGCUCCUCCCACCAACUUCGCCUUACCCAUCAGUCCUCAGGUUGGGGGACGGGUGGCUGGAGGCAGGGGGGACACCUUGCCCAAGGUCACUAUAACUCCCACUGUUGUCCCUCAACAAAACGUGGCCUGCCUCAGCAGCGGCAUCAGCAGAGGGGAAAUGCAACCCCCCCGGCACGGUUCAGUGAGGGUGGACCACCGCCGAGGCGUGUCCACUGACAGCUUGUUCAGGGAGAUAUAUGACGACUCUGAGGAUGAGGAUGAUGAGGUGGGCUAUGCUGACCCUGUCCAAGAUGAUCUCUAUGCCCGUAAGAUGGGUAUCAAACCUCUGCCUACAAGUAGUGCAUCUUAUGACAAGUUCUUACCCAAAUUCUGGACACCAGAAGAAGACAUUCACAUUCAGAAGAUCAAACUGGGCUCUCAGAGGAGACCCUGGUACAAGAAGAUACAAGGCUUCAGCCAUAAGAAGUCAGGCUCUUCGUCAGAUGACUCAGACUGUGACAUCAGCCCCUGGCUCUCCUCCGCCCCCUCUCCCUCUGGCCCAUCUCCCUCUCAUACCCGCACACACGAGGCUUCAGCUCACACCGCCCUUGUUGUGGGGAAAAGUCCUCUUGUUCAACCACACACUCCUCCACAGCAUCCCAAGUCCCCUCUCUUAGAGACCCCCCCACUGGUGUUUGCCCCUGUGGACCCCACCUCAGGUCCCAGACUGGUGAAAGGGGAGAAGUGGAUGCUCCUGGGGCGCCAAGACCCCCGGGAGCCCCCGGACCCCAUUGAUUAUGAAAGUAUUUGCCCGGACUUGGAGAAUGAUGACAUGUUUGCCAGGCGAACCCUUGCCUUCCAGUCCAACACAAACUUGGCUAAACUGAAGACUCUGCUGACUUGCAGACAUCGCCGCUGCACCUCUGAGCCGCAGCUCAACAUUGUCACCCAGAAACCCGUUCGUGGAGGCGCCGAGGAAACUGAGUUCCCAGACAUUGAGCAGGACGAUGUGGUGUUUCGUAGGGAGAAAACCCAGCAGGCACAGCAACAGCGACCACUCUCAGGAGCACCUGACAACUAUGCCCCGAUGCCCAUCCCAGAGCCUUGGGCACUGCCUCCUGACCUCAAGUCCAGACUCCUCUGCCCCCCAUGUCCCCUGACUCAUAAAGCAGCAAUACCGAACCUGAAUGAAGUUGAUAAGGAGACCCGUCCUGAAACGGAUGACAUGCUAAUUCGAAAGUUCAGAAUCUGUUCUGAUCAGAGCCAGAGCUCCGCUUCAUCAGCCAGUCAGAAAACCCCUUCAGUGCCUUCUUCCUGUAGCAAAGAGGACCUGCAGAAGUGGCAGGCAAUCAGGGAAGCUAGUCAGUUAAGACAUAAGAAAAGGCUUUUGGUGGAAAGGCUAGCUGCUCUGAAGCUGUAAAGGAAAAAAAAGAUUGACGUAAGAGUGGCUGUAGACUUUUUUUCUGCAUGUUUGUCUUGUUGUUUCUGUGCCAUUUCAGACUUUCAGUAAUUUUUGUUUGAUACUGAAUUGUUCUGUUCUGGCUGAGAUUUGAUUUAAAGUCCUUCACAGUCAGCGAGGCGAGUUUUACACAGUUAAAUGCUUGUUUCUUGAUCAGACAUGGGUAUUUCAAAGUAAGAGUGAAGAAAAUGUGGUGAAAUUAACCACAACAGCAGCUUAGAACUUGUUCUAAAUGUUUGUUGUUCCCUCAGAGUUGAGUGCUUGAUGUGGUCAAUUUUACUUCUCAAACUCAUGGCGUGUAAAGACUGAGACAUUACCUGCACAAUAAACCAACCAAGAUUGUGUAUUUUGAGUUGUGAUGCAUUGAUUUUUUAAAAAACCAUAAUGAUUUGGUGUAUCAUUUGCGAAACAGCCCUGAAAAGAAAUCUGCCUUUCAUCUUUUCUUAUCUGACAGUUUACCUACAUAUGGGAAUUAAAACAUUCAUGCUUAAUAAAAGGAAAAAGCAACUUGUGAGUAACUGCGCUGAUUCUUUUUUUAAACCCGCGAGUGCUCAAGCAGAGUAGAAAAGUGCAAUAUGGGAAUUUAAAGUCCAACCUGACCUGAGCAUAGUGUUGCUUUUACUCAGCACAAGGAACUUUAUACAGGUCCGUGAAACUCAGAGAGCAGCAGAAAGGGUGGAAAGGUUGAAUGCUGAGAAGUAUCCAAACAUAACAUCCCCAACACUCUGACUGCACCAGUCCAACAAAUUAAAUAUAGUCGUGUCUGUUGUGCCAACAAGAAGCACUAUAGAAAUUCCUCACAGCUCUGAAAGACGAUGUGACUCAUGCCCAUAGUAACUUGAACACAAAUCUUCACUGUACUGUUUGCACAUGAGCGGACACACAAAAGCACACACACAGCAACCGUUUAACCUGAAUUAAGCCCAUUUGGAUGGAUGGAUUUGGGGUCUGCAGAAAGCAGCCUUGUUUAGGGAAAGGUACACGUCUACACGCUUCCUCAGCCUAGUGUAACUCUAAUCCUCUUGAUAUUAACAACAAAAACAAGCAGAGUCAUGUCCUAGCUGGCCCUCUAUACAUUUGAAGCCCUCUUAGCUGUGAACGAGCUGGUGUGUAAUAGCUUCUAAUUGGUCUCAAGCUCUUGACCAAAGCACUCACUGACUCACUGUCAAACUGCAGUCGGUAGAAAUGUGACUUUGUUGUCUGUGGCUUUUUUUCUGGUUUCCUAGAGAGCGCCAAGAGGGUACAGACGGGUGAGUUUCUAAAAACAAAACAAAAAAAGUGGCACGUUUGCAUUUGCUCUGCCCUCUUAUGGUCGCACGCUGCUGCCUCCUGCUUUUUGUGCUGCUGUUCUCACUCUCUAGCUGCUAAACGCUGACACACAACAUUGGCUGUUUCACGGCUCAGAGCCAAGUUCAGGGUGAGGUGAGGGGAGGUGGGCUUUGCUCCACAAAGCUCUUUUGACACAGCUUACAUAUAAUAGUAGUGGGUCCAUGCCUAAACUGCAGUGUGUCCCAGUGAGAGUUAUGACACACUGUAUGUAAAACUUUACAGGUAGGUGAAGUUAUUUAAGUUAUUUCUCCAUAAGGUGGGGCUUUAAAGACUUUUGCAUGAUGGGAAAGACUGUUACUAACCUGAGCUUAUAUCACCCUCAAGGUUUGGUGGUCAGCUGGUGUGCUGGGUUUGAAUACUAACAAGUUACUGCAGAUACCAAAAAUAUUAAUGGCAGGUACCCAGUGGAACUGCAGUGUCUUCGUUAUGUGUUUGUAUUUACAGCUUAAUUAACAGGAUGGAAAUACACUGGACUGUGCAUGCAUAUCUGGAGUGGAUUUCCACCUGUCAGCUAAACUUCUGAUGCCUUUUGAUCUUUGAAAAAAAAGUCUGCUUGAUCUGCUUUUUCCC